AUGCCCGAACUUUCAUUGAAGGUCACCAUCGACAAUGGAGGGGAAGAUGAACAACAAACAGAAGAGAGUCUCAACAGAAUCUCUCAUGAUUUCAAACCAAGUGAUUCCCUUCCCAGUUCUGACGAGAAGAACGACGAUGAAGGCAAUGAUCACAGCAUGGACUGUUUCGUCGCCAUUGCAUCUGCUGUGGAAUUAUCCAUCAAUCCUCAAGUUACUGCAUCAUCAUCCAUUGCAGCUGUCUUUGUACCACCUUCCCUGGUUGACAAUCUUCUACAAAUUUACACCACAACCACUGCCACUCGGAACCCACACAAUGGGGGAUCUUGUUAUUGGAUUCCAGACGAGCACACCAGGCAAAUAGCUGAAGCACUCUUACCUUCUGUUCAUUCAUCCUUGAUAAGCGCCAGAAUACGAGGGAUAAUACUACACUCGACAAAAUUCGACCACAUCAAUGCACCUUCCUCAAUUUUAUUGCUGGAGAUCAUGGAUAUCACCAUGACAGAUGUCUUAGAAAUCGCAAAUGGAGAAUCGAUGGCGUCCAACAAAACAGCCGUACUCAAAAUUUUACCUAUUGCAUCCAUACAAUUCACUUCGAAAUCAAAUCCAAUCGAAGGAGUGGAAGAAGAAAAGCUGGCCGAGCCAGAGAACCAAGCGCUCCUGAUUCCCUCAUGUCCCGUGUGCUUGCAUCGAAUUGAUGCUAAUCGAUUGGGUUUACCGAGACCGCGAAUCGAACAACUUUGUUCCAGCUAUUGUUCCCUACCUGAUUUUGACUCGGCCAAUUCUCAAUACAAACCCAACUGUCAUCGACAAGCGUAUUUGGAUCCUUGGCCAUUGCCGGCCAAGUGCAAAGUUUGUCUUGUCAUUCAAAACUAUUGGUUUCAAAAUGGAUACCAUCAUCGCCAUGAUGAAUCCAAUGACUUGUUUUGUGGAGGGUGUGGGAUGCACAAGACACUCUGGGUUUGUUUGACGUGCAGCUUUGUCGGAUGUGGUCGCUACACCAACAAGCAUUCCGUCGAUCACUUUCAAAAGACCAACCAUCCAUUUGCAUUGGAACUGGCCACUUUGCGAAUAUGGGAUUACACGCAUGGAGAGUAUGGUGGUUUUGUUCAUCGGGUAGACUUGUUGGAUUGUCCAUCGUCGCCCAUUCUUUGCCAUCCAUGGAUAUCACGGCCGCAAGGAUUUGAUGCACAUGCAUCCGCGGCAGCGGCUUCACAACAACAAAGGGGACAUGUCGAGGUGGAAAAAAUGCCAAAGAAAGCAACCAUCAUUGGGGAAGAAUAUGAAGUUCUAUUGCAAAGUGCACUGGAAGAUCAAGCACAAUUCUACGAGGGGGAGAUCACACGCUUGCGAGCCGAAUUUACUGGGGAGAAUAUCGAUAUGUCAACUCUAUCCAAAGAAGAACAGCGACAAAUUGAGGAACUUAAGGCCGAGAUUAAGAAGUUGAGGGGGUCGAUUGAUAGCAUGGGUCAAGACUAUGUUCAAUCGAAAGAACAAGAAGCAUCGCAACGAAAUGCCUCCCAACGAUUGUUGCGUGAGCAGCAGGAGGCCAAAGAAAUGUUAAAAGAGAUUGAAAAGGAGGCCAAAGAAGAAGCCGAAAAGGGAAAGUUUCAAGUAGAAGAUUUGGAACAACAAGUGAGUGAUCUCACUGCAAACCUCCGCAUGAUGCAACAGUUUUCGCGGAGUGCCGAAUUGCAAGAGGCCCAAAUCUUUGGUACGACAACUGCCACUGCACCCAACAAUGCUUCCAAACGAAGGGGAAAGAAAAAGGGAAGGAACAGUCGGCGAUAG